GAAUGGUACGAUGAAGAGCAUGUGCCGCAAAGAAUGUCAAGGUCCGGGAUAACAUCCGCACAUGUAUCUCUUUUGUUCCUGAUUCAUGAAGCUAUAAACUGAGCAGGAAUGGAGUUGGUCACUAGAUUUCCCGAGUUCGAAACUGGUGCCCGAUACGUGGCCAUCGAUGGCCAGGCUCCAGGCUUUGCAGCGAUUUAUCAAGUCAGUUCUCUUGGGUUAUUCGGCCAGCCGAGGUACCAGAGUCUGCGUGCGAAUCGCUCGGCGCGAGAGGCCGAGCUUUUCACCCGGAUCGGCACGAUCGAUAGACGCACUUACCGUUGCACCCUGCAAGUCCAACGAAAGACUUCCUCUUCCGAUCACCAGACCUAUCAUUCCCACAUCCUGACCGUAGAGCUGGCUGAGCCAUCGCCGGAACUGCUCUCAGAGAUCCACUUGUUGGAUGGGUGGAGGAAAACUCACGUGGGCGAAACCGUCGACUCAUCGAUUGUUGGUCGUCUUCAGUCUGCCUCGAGCGAUCCAUUUCGAACCCCUCGUUUUAUCUUGAUCUUUGAAUUCGCAAACCUGGAUUUUCAAAGAUCGGAACAGCUCGCAAGACUGGCCAACAAUCCGGAGGCUAACCAGACAGUAAUCAGGAAGUGGAUGCUUUACCGUGGCUGGAAGAAUUCUUGUAAUAUGAACCCAGGUUCAGCCCAAGCCAAUUAG